UGCCGCCCGGGAAGGCGGUGUCGGAGCAGCUUGUGCUGGAGGUGCCGCUGGUGCUCGGGGCUCAGCGAGGGCCCCGCGGCUCGGGGGGCGCCCCGGCCUCGCCGCGUCUCUCGGCGCCGCCGCGGUCCUGCUUCCUCGAUGGAUGUCCAUGGUAGGAUAAGAGAAAUCCUGGCUGAGACCAUACGGGAAGAAUUGGCACCUGAUCAACAACAGUUAUCAACGGAAGAUUUGAUCAAAGCCCUUAAACGCCGGGGAAUCAUUGAUGAUGUGAUGAAAGAACUUAAUUUUGUUUCUGAUAAUGUUGAUCAAGAACCCCCUUCGUCUCCAAAACAACCUGUUUGCUUUACUGACAGACAAUCAACAUUGUUAAAAAAAACUAAUAUUGAUCCAACACGGAGGUAUCUUUACCUUCAGGUUUUGGGUGGAAAAGCUUUCUUGGAACAUCUGCAGGAACCUGAGCCUUUACCAGGACAAGCUUGUUCAACGUUUACUUUAUGUUUACAUUUCCGAAAUCAACGUUUUCGUUCUAAACCUGUUCCAUGUGCCUGUGAACCAGAUUUUCAUGAUGGCUUUUUACUUGAAGUCCACAGAGAAAACUUAGGUGAUGGAACUAGAAUGGCUGAUUCAACAGCAAUGUUAUCAAUAAGUGAUCCAGUUCACAUGGUGCUGAUCAAAACAGACAUAUUCGGUGAGACCACUUUAGUAGCAUCCUAUUUUCUGGAAUGGCGAUCGGUUUUGGGCUCGGAAAAUGGAGUGACCAGUCUUACUGUGGAACUUAUGGGUGUAGGCACAGAAUCGAAAGUUUCUGUGGGAAUUUUAAAUGUAAAACUUGAGAUGUACCCACCACUCAAUCAGACAUUAUCACAGGAAGUAGUGAACACACAGCUUGCUUUGGAACGUCAGAAAACUGCAGAGAAAGAGCGGUUAUUUCUUGUAUAUGCCAAACAGUGGUGGAGAGAGUAUUUGCAAAUACGGCCCUCGCACAGCUCACGGCUGGUGAAGAUUUUUGCACAGGAUGAAAAUGGGAUAAACAGACCAGUCUGUUCUUACGUCAAACCACUUCGAGCUGGGAGGCUUCUGGAUACUCCAAGGCAAGCGGCAAGGUUUGUCAACGUCCUUGGCUAUGAAAGAGCCCCUGUUAUCGGAGGAGGGGGCAGACAGGAGCAGUGGUGCACUCUGCUGGCCUUUCUCUGCAGGAACAAGGGUGACUGUGAAGACCACGCCACCCUCCUGUGCAGCCUGCUCCUUGGGUUCGGGCUGGAGGCCUUCGUCUGCGUCGGGACCAAGGCAAAGGGAGUGCCCCACGCAUGGGUGAUGACUUGUGGGACUGAUGGAGCCAUCACUUUCUGGGAGAGCUUAACAGGGCACAGGUACAUCCACAAACCGGCAAGCCCUGACGAGCCUCCAGCUGCCGAGCAGCCCAAACCGCUGUACCCGUAUCGGACAAUUGGUUGUGUUUUCAACCAUCAGAUGUUCCUGGGGAAUUGCCAGCCCUCUGACUCAGUAGAAAUCUGUGUAUUUGAUUUGAAUGAUGAAUCCAAGUGGAAACCCAUGAGUGAAGAAGCCAUUAAGUCUGUAUGUGCUCCAGGAGCCACAGUGUCCCUUCCUCCCUUCCCGCCUCUGUGUGCCUCCACAAUGGAUGCCUCGGUGACAAGCAAUGAGAUAGAGAUGCAGCUGAGGCUGCUGGUGUCAGAGCACAGGAAGGAUCUUGGCCUCACCACUGUCUGGGAAGACCAGCUCUCCUAUCUCUUGUCACCAGCGUUGGCUUCGUAUGAAUUCGAGCGUACGACAAGUAUCUCUGCAGGCAAUGAGGAAUUCCAGGAUGCCAUUCGGAGGGCCGUACCUGAUGGGCACACCUUCAAAGGGUUCCCCAUACACUUUGUGUAUAGAAACGCAAGGCGUGCGUUUGCCACGUGUCUUCGGUCUCCUUUCUGUGAAGAGAUAAUCUGCUGCCGUGGAGACCAGGUGCGGCUGGCAGUUCGUGUUCGAGUGUUUACUUACCCUGAGUCUGCGUGUGCUGUUUGGAUCAUGUUUGCUUGUAAAUAUCGCUCGGUAUUAUAGGAUUAACAUUUCUGUAAGAACAUGCCUGUGUUUAUUGGAAUUUUACACACUGUACGUAGUAGCUGUUUAGAGGUUCAUUAUUUUAAAAAUGAUAAUGUGGCUUGGAUGUCAUAUUUCACUUUUGUAUGUACCUGCCUGAUAACGUUUGAAAACAAAUCAUGAUGUGUGUAUUUAAAAAUUAAGGAUGAAAACUUAUAUAAAUCUGAGUGGAAUUUAGUAUAAAUUAAAUGUAUAUAUAUCCUAUUUUAAUAAAUGCUACUUUGCUUAUAGGUAGCCAGUAGUUUAAAUAUGAGUAUAAAAUGUGCUCAGUUUUCUUUACAUUAACAGGUAAUUAGAAAGAUACUUCUCUAAGGGUUUGAGCCAUACUAAAAUUAAUAUGACCAGAAUUUUUCAUAGAUUAAUGGGAUUAUUUUAUAUAAAUUAGGAGAAAUUAGCUUUACAACAGACUUAUUUAUUACAUAGGUGAAAGUACGUUUUGGUGAGUUACCACUUUUGUGGUUUACCCAUAACUAUAGUGAUAUUUGAGACUUAACAGAAAUUUAUUGGAAGACUUUGAUGUAAGAAUAGGAAAAAACUAGUGCCAGGAAAGCAUCAAUAUUAAUAACAAAAUGAAUGUCACACGAAAGUACAUAAACAAUUUAUAAAUAUUUGUCAGUUUGAUUCAUUAUCAAAAUGAAUUGGGUAUUUUAGAAAAAAUUUAUCAUACCCUUUUGUUGUGAUAUUGGUAAGUCUUUUUCUGUGAUUAAUACCUGCAGUCUGUUGCUAAUACUCUGUCAUCAGAGGAGUCAUUACUAGCCUCUUCAUGGAUUUCGGCUUCUGAAACCACAUUCUUUCUUUUCUCCUUUGUAAUGUAAACUUCAGUGCAUAUGUGAUGAAUCUAAAUCAGAGAGUCAUCAUGUGAGGCCACUGAAAAAUAAGCAUAUGUGAGUGACUUCAUGCUAUUUGUCUUUAAAUUGAGCAACAGUGAGCAUAAAAAGACUGCAGCAGUUUGACUUUUUGUAAGAAGCUGUGUGUGUAGCUGACAGGUGUGACUGUCAGUCAGCGUCUCCGUACAGUUCUUACGUCAGCUCCUUCAUCCAUGGGUCUUCUUAGGAAAGUAACUGUAGACCAGUUGGCUGAACGAGUGAUUCUUUUCAUCACUUUAAUUCACCAUCACAGGUGAAACGAUUUAAUGUUCUUAAACAUAUUAAAAUCUAAAGAUGUCCUAAAAUUUACAUUUUGUUAUUUUUUUUACAUACAAUAAAUAUUUAUGAUUUAACUUGCUGAAAAGUCUGAAAAUAUCCUUUCAGUUUCUUAUUGGAAAUGGUCAGAUGUUUCUUGAGAGACUGACAGGACUUUAGAGAAUUAGCAAAAAUAAGGAUUAAGACUUUUUUUACUCUGUUACCAAAAUUACUCAUAAAGCUAUCAACAUAGAAAAUUGCUUAUAAUUUUAAGCUUUUGAAACAAACUGAAGCAUGUGCUAAGAGGCAGACUAUUAAAAUCAAGGCUGUGUUAUCACUGAGGCUGGGCCGGAGAAUUCCUACCUUACUGUGCCAGUGUAACACAUGUAUUUAUAAUGAGCCUUUGGUAUAAUUCUAAAAUAAAUUUUCUUUUUGUGCACUUUAUAAUAGUCUGUCAUGAAUUAAUAUUUUUCUCUAAAGAUGGUUUAUUCGAAAAUAUAUCAGUUCAUUUCUCACUAGAGUUCUGCUACUAUUCUUACUAGUAAUUUUCCUCUUUAAAAAUUAAAUUUGCCUUGUAUAUUUAGCUCUGUCAUAGCAGUUGUUUUUAUAUCAAAAAUGUAAAAAAAAUUUUAGUGUAAUGCUUCUAAUGUGUUCUUUUUGACAGUAUGUGCACUGACAUAGUUUUCUAUGUAUAUGUCAUGUAUAAAUAGGUGUAUUUAAUAGAAAAAUAUCAGAAACCUAGACACAUCAUUACUCAAGUAUGAACCUGUUGAAUAAAACUUGUUAAAUUCAGUUCCAGCUAACUGAACACUC